ACAGGUAAUACUGCACGCAUAAAAAUAGAUAAUCAACGUACUUUUGGCCUGAUCGGUUGGAAACAAACGCUGUGCCUUUUCUAGAAACCUCUUAGCUUUGUCUGGUUGGUUAUUACUGAGCGCACUUAUAGAAAUCUUUAUACACCGUUCAGCUUCGUCCUUGUUUGAUUCCAUCGCGACAGCGGAACUAGUCUGUUUACUCGCCAGCUGGUCGCUCUAUGAUGGCGUCACCGGGAAGGUAAAAAAAAGUUGGAACUUAAAUAAUACGUCAUUGAAUUUCAAUCUCCGUGUACAUGUGUACAUUCAGGGUCAGUGACUAAUUCAUUUUAACAUAGUUGGCUUCAAAUUGCGAAUUGUGAUACAUUGCGAUAUACCCAUUCUUUAUGUGUUUGGUGGUCUAAGCUAUUUGUCAAAUUGUAAAUACAGAAAUACAUGUAUUGUAACAUAAGUGGCUAAACAAUAAAUUAAAAAAAAGCUAGCUUCGUUCAAGCUAACUGAUCAACGGAGGCGUCCAAGGAUCAAUAAUCCCAAUGUAUGUACAACAGCCGUUAAAACGUGUGUGUUCCUGUGUAUAGUUUAAUCAUAUAGUCCCCCAUUUGCCAUGCUUUUAAUACUAGCAGGUUUAAGGCCAGCAUUACUAAAACAUAAGAUAGUAAAUGUUCUGGUGAAGGCAUGUCUAUGCUCGGGAGCCAAGGAUGAUGAUGAUACCACCACCAACCCAGGGAAACCACCAAAAUUAUCAAAGAAGAAAUGGAGAAAGAAGUUCAGGAACAAGCCUGCAUCAAAUGAACACCUGCCCUGGGAGGAGAGACUGGCCGACUCUGUCACUCCUCUGUGGCGGCUGAGUUACUACGAUCAACUCCAGCUGAAACAGAAGCACCAGGAGAGGAUCCUACUACAGCUCUCAGAUCAGCUCUUAUGUGGAGAGUCGACCCAACAUAAGGCCUUGACACAAUGUCCUUCUCCGCCCAGGAGUACCAAACUCAGCUUCCCUCUGCUGCCUAUCUUACCGUCACCUGUCAGGGACGGCUACCGCAACAAGUCUACCUUCUCGGUCAACCGUGGCGUGGAUGGCAACCCUAAGACGGUGGGGUUCUACGUGGGAACGGGAAAGGUGGGAAACAUUGUGUGUGUGAACGGGGACCACCUCCUCAACAUGCCCGAGAGACAUAAGCUGGUGGCCAGGUGCUACCAGGACUUCCUCCGCCUUUCAGCCCUGGAGCCCUGUCUGCUGUUCCACGACGGAGGCCACUGGAGGGAGGUGACAGUGAGGACCAACGCAGCAGGCCACACCAUGGCCAUCGUCUAUUUCCACCCACAGAGGCUCACCCCGGAGGAGAUAGAGGUCCAUAAGUCCUCCCUGGUGGAGUACUUCACCCAGGGGCCUGGUGCCAUCUGCCAACUAGACUCCCUGUACUUCCAGGAGAGCUCCAUGACCCGUUGCAGCCACGAGGAAUCCCCCUACCAGCUGCUGCAUGGCCAGCCACACAUACACGAGGAGAUUUUGGGGUUCAAGUUCCGCAUCUCGGCAGACGCCUUCUUCCAGGUGAACCAAGGGGCGGCGGAUUCGCUGUACCGCACAGUGAGAGAGAUGGGCCUCCCGAAUGGAGCUCGAGAGGGAGGAGGAGGGGGCACACUCUUGGAUGUGUGCUGUGGAACGGGGGCCAUCGGUAUCACCAUGUCCCCCAGAGCGGACCGGGUCAUCGGGAUAGAACUUAUCCAGCAGGCCGUGGAAGACGCCAGGCACAACGCAGCCCUCAACCAGAUCCAGAAUUGUGAGUUCCUCCCUGGGAAAGCCGAGGUUGUCCUUCCUGGACUCAUGGAGGUCCUGGGCUCCACCACUGACUCUGGAGGCCCCCUCACGGCUGUGGUGAACCCAGCCCGCGCUGGCCUGCAUUAUCGUGUGAUCCGGGCUCUAAGGAAUAACUCAUCCAUCCGCAGGCUGCUCUAUAUUUCCUGCAAACCCGAAGGAGAGGCCAUGAGGAACUUCAGGGAGCUGUGUUGCAGUCCCGACCCACACAGGAAGCUGACAGGCGAGGCUUUCAGGCCGACUGUGGCUGUGCCUGUGGAUAUGUUCCCUCACACGCCACACUGCGAACUGCUGCUGGUCUUUGAAAGAUAGUUAAUUACUACCACUACAACUUCCAUAUCAAGUUUCUUACACAUAGUGAAUUUUUACACAUAGUGAAUGGUGUCCUCUGGAUUGUGUGAUGACUACAGAGAUAAAACAGUCAAAUCAGUGGAAACUCAAUUCCAAAAUCCUCUCAAAAAGGAAAGUGAUUAUUACAUUUUUUUAAAUGCUGAGAGCUUUUCAAUGUCAUGUAGAAUGUUGAAUGAAAGUUGUGUUAUUCAGAGACAGAUGCAAGUCUAAUGAGGGGGUUGUGUUCCUAUAUCCUGCAGCAGCAGUGAAGCAAAACAUUUCCUGCCUUUUGUGAAUGGAUCAAAAGUAGGAAAUGAGUGGAAAGCAGGGGAAGUGUGUUUGGGGUUGCUUGCUCACAAAAUGCAAGUAUAGAUUCUACACUAUCUUCCUGUAUUCUGUGUUUGAAUGAGGCAUAUGCACAUGCUGUAUUUCCUGUUACUUCAUGUUACAUGCCUGAACUGAGUAGGCAUAAAAUCUAUAUAUCUACACUAGGUGGUGCUGUUGAGUCCAAUGGUCCAACUAUUAACUUAUACUGUGUAGCCUUCAGGUAUGGUACACAUCUUCCAUUAUUGCUGACAUACAAGACAGAAGGUACCCAUAAACUUGAUCAACUAGGGUGGAAUCUACAGUAUUUGAUCAGUUCUCCCUUCUAAAAACCCAUAGUUAACAUAUAACAAACUUAGAACAAAAUAAAUCAUGGACAUAUUUGACAAGUUUGGGAUCAAUGCAGGAAGUAAGCAAUUUUCAGUCCUGCUUUAAACCAAAUACAACUCACAAAGUUUAGCAUACAUAAAGGCUUCAUAAGCACUACAUAAAUGCUUCACAAAUCAUAUAAGUGUAUCGCAUAUUCUAUCAAUGGUGUAUAAACACUGCGUUAUGUCACAUUUCGCAAUUCACUCUACAGUGGGAAUGACAAUGUCACCUUUUAUAUAUCAUUUAUGACAUAUGCAUAUAGAUAGCAGCUGUUAAUUGGUCAGUUCUGAGGACUCCUGGGAGGCGUAGGUCUAUGACCAAGUUGGAAUUAAAAUAAAAUCACAUGUAUUUAAGAUGCUUUAAAAGUUGAAUAUACAUUCACAACUUUACAAAUUGGUUUGAAGUACUAAAAGGACAAAACAAGACACUUGAGGCAAGAAGCAUUUCAAUAUAGCCUUUUCUCAUUUUUUAUGACUUACAAUCAGCACUGUCCAGGACAUAGCUUACUUAGAUGAAAAGGCCUACAAAAAUGUUGGCCUCGUUAGAUUUAUUUUCAAAGGCACAAGUAGGUAUGUCAGGCUUCAAGUAAGUAGGAGCACUAGCAAAACUGUGAAGAAGUGGAAUAAUAGAAGUAUGGAGAACAACAAUACUGUUCUUGCUGACAGAAGCACACUAAUCACCCUAUAUGUAGCCCAUUGUGAGGAAUGAUAAUUGUUCCACUGACAAGCUAUUGUGAAAGAAUAAAUACGUUUUUAC